AUGGAAAUUGGUCCUUCAGAUGAGAUCGUACAAACAAAGGUCAAGUGUCGCAGUAGGUGUUGGGACGAAAAAUAUCCUUUACUGUUCAAAGGCUGCCCUCAGAAACAUCUGGAUGAAAUAAGCAAGAACAUUUCAGACAUCAAGGAUGAAAUCAAUUCACUUGAGGAUGCUUUAGCCUGCAAAGACAUUUCCAAAGUCUAUAUUGUUAAAUCCGAUAUAGAAAAAUAUAGGAAGCUUCCACCAAAAAUUCUACCCUCUUUACCCAAAUAUAUUCCAGGAAAAAUCUUAGUAGGAGAGCUUUGCACCCUCUUUGGAUCCUUAUCAUCAAGUUCUUUAACAUCAGAUGAACAUUGUUACAGCUUGAGUAUAUCACAGAGAUCAGUAGAAGCUGGAUCCUCUCCUCCAGUCAAACAGCUGCUUGAUGAACCAGAGACUGUUACCAUCAUAAACACUAAUUAUGGAUUCUACGGAGAGAAACAAACCAUUCAGUUUGUUGAUGAAGAAAAACCUCUAUAUUCAACUAGUUCUGUUAAUCAAAGACACAUUACAGAGAACAGGAACCUGGAUAUCUGUGUGUCUGAUGAUAAAGCAAACCAGGAUGGACAGUUCCUCUGUUACAUAGACUGUGGACAGUGUUAUACCUGGGGACUGUGUACAGAUACAAAUGACAAUCUGUUUGUUGCUCAGUGGGUAGAGAAUCAAGCUCAAGUACCAAGUGACAAUGGAGCUAAAGCAGUAGUGUUGGUCAAUCAGGCUGGAAAACUAAAAUUCGGGUACACGGGACAUAUUCAUACUCCAAAGAACAAACAAUUCACUCCUAAAGGAAUCACCACAGACAGUCAGAGUCACAUCCUUAUAGCUGAUUUUAAGAAUGGCUGUGUUCACAUCAUAGACCAGGAAGGACGGUUCCUCUGUUUCAUAGACUGUGGACUGAUGAAACCUAUUGGACUGUGUGUUGAUUCUAAUGACAACAUGUUCGUUGCUCAAU